AUGAAUGAAUAAAAAUUAGAAUAUUAUAAAUUAAUAUAUUUUAACAUAAGAAAACCAAGCAUUAGUAAGAAAAUACAGGAAUUUAAGGCAAUUUUGAAAAUUAUGGUCUUGUCUGAAUCAAUAUUUGCAGUUUUUUUGGCAAAAUUUAUUGAUAUAGUAAGAAUGAUUUAUUUGUAAAUCUAUUAUAUUUAAAAAGUUUAAACAAUUGGAAUUGGAUUAAAUAAUUAGAAAGUAAAGAAAAUAAUUGAAUAUUAAAGGCUGAAAUUAAUAAUUAAUUUGAAUUUGGAAUUAAUAUCCAAUACAACAAAUCAGUCGUAGUUACUAAAAUGA